CAAACGAGGCGCAGGUGUGCAGGAAAUCAGCGAGGAGCACGUUAGUAGCUGACGCACAUCUGCUUCACCCAAUGCAUGCUGGGAUAGGAUGGGCGUCUGUCCCCCACAGUCCCAACAGCACAACUGAAGACAUGAAGAUUGCCAUUUUUUUAAUACAUUGCUUAAAACUAUUGUUACAUAUGUAAGAUACACUGUAUACAUAUAUUGUAUCAGCUGUGUCGAUGAAAAUUAAAUGUAAAACCGUGUUGCAGAAAGCAGUGCUCCAACGUUAAAAGCACUCAGGGUGUUACUCAUUCACCAAAAAAACAACACAUUUAUUAUGUCAUAUAUUAAUAUAUAUAUAUAUAUACACACACACAUAUAUGUAUAUGUAUGCGGGUGCUUAGUUGUUCCUGUGUGUCAGUGUAUCUACACAGCAGAGGAGCACGAGGCGGUGCACCGAGCUCUGCGACAGAAGCUGGGACCAGAGUACAUCAGUACCAGAGUGGCUGGAGGAGGACAGAAGGUUUGCUAUGUUGAAGGGCAUCGCGUAAUCGGCCUGGCCAAUGAGUUGUUUGGAUACAACGGAUGGUCUCACUCCAUCUCUCAGCAGAAUGUCGACUUUAUAGACAUCAACAACGGGAAGUUUUAUGUCGGAGUCAGUGCGUUUAUCAAAGUGCAGCUGAAGGACGGGUCGUUCCAUGAGGAUGUCGGUUAUGGUGUCAGUGAGGGCCUGAAGUCUAAAGCUCUGUCGCUGGAGAAGGCGAGAAAGGAAGCGGUCACGGACGGCAUGAAGAGAGCUCUGAAAUGCUUCGGCAAUGCUCUUGGAAACUGCAUCCUAAAUAAAGAAUACCUCAUCGCCAUUAACAUGAUCCCCAAACAGCCUCUUCCUCCUCUAGACCCGGCCCAGACUAAGCGAUCCGAGGGUGAGCCUUUAGUGGAGAAGGCCCGGUACUCCAGUCUGGUCCGAGAAGAAAAGCGUCUAUCUGCUGUGGGUCCUCUGAGGACGCCCCUGGAGCCCAGAGUCCUCAACCACAACCACAACUAUUCAGAGGUUCACACUCCCAAUGAUGCCGGCCCUGCUGGCGGGAAGAGGGACCACAUCGACUCCAGACCCGUCAUGGACUCAGUGAACGAUGGUGAGUCAUCGCACACAGACUCCAAACAGCUGAGAAAGCUCCGCCAGCAGCAACUUCAACAGAAGUUCAGGAAGGAGAUGGAGACCAGCAUUCCUCAGCUGAAACCGGAUCACGCCAAGUCUGAGGACACAACGGUCGCUAUUGGAACAGCAUCUCGUGGAGGUGUCGAUGAUGUACCUGCGCCUAAUGCUGGACACAGAAAGCUCAGCGACAAGGACGAGCAUUUAGCAGAUGAUCCUGAGCUCUGGGAUUUCACUCUAGAUGGGGUUGAUCUCGUACCGAGCACACCUGGGAAUCACACGAUGCAGACGCGCAGUAAGACCCCUCUGAGAGAUCCAGGCAGACCUCCAGGCAGACCUCCAGGUGAGGCCCCUUCGUACAGUGGAGCACCGGACCAGGCUCGAUUCAGACCUCAAUUUCCAAACCAGUAUCAAGCCAGACCAGGUGAAGUCGUCAGUCCGUACAGACAAGGACAGCACAUGAAGAAACGUCGACUGGACACAUGAGAUCCUCAACACUUUAUAAAAUAUGUUUUACUUUGUUCUUUUUUUAAUAGUGCUUACAUGUAAGUUAUCUUUGCAGUCAAUUGUUGCAGAUUGAAUUUUGUGAAAUGUUUCUGGUUUUGUAAAAAAAUAAAAACAUGACCACAUAAGUCAGUCAUUCUUUUAGAUGAAA